AUGGCUGCCGUGUCUGAGAAUGCCGCGUCGCUGCCAUACCACGAGCCCGGCAUCGUGGUUAUCCUGGUCCUGACUUCCUUCCUGUUACUGCUCAACGUCAUCAACGCUGCACUCGACAAGGUUCUCUACUGUGGACUGUUGGGUCAGGUCUUGAUUGGCAUUGCUUGGGGUACCCCAGGUGCCAAAUGGCUGUCAACCCAAGUGGAGGAGGUCAUUGUUCAAUUAGGCUAUCUUGGUCUGAUCCUACUUGUGUACGACGGUGGUCUGCACACUUCGUUCCAAUCACUGAAAGCUAAUCUGCUGCUCUCAUCUUGGGUGGCCCUGACUGGAAUAAGCGUCCCUAUCGGUCUUUCGUACACACUCCAGGGUCUUCUCAAUGCCACUCCGGUGCAAGCCUUUGCUGCUGGUGCCGCCUUGUGCUCGACCAGUCUAGGAACGACAUUCACUGUGCUAAACUCCAGUGGCCUCUCGGCCUCCCGUCUCGGCGUUGUCCUUAGCAGUGCAGCGAUGAUGGACGAUGUUGUUGGACUGGUAAUGGUGCAGGUCAUCUCUAACCUUGGCGGUGAGAACUUCAGCGCCAUCACCGUUGUUCGCCCUGUCUUGGUGUCUAUGGCAUUUGCUGUUGUAGCCCCGAUCGCUUGCCUUGCCAUCAUCAAGCCACUCACGAUGUCCCUAAACCGGUACCGCGAAGCUCACCCUACUGCAACGCUCAACAUCCUCAUGGGAAAGAUCCAGACAGCCUUCACGCUACAUACUGCCCUUCUCAUUGCACUGAUCACUAGCGCUACCUAUGCCGGAACAUCGAAUUUAUUUGCAGCGUACAUUGCUGGCGCCAUUAUCAGCUGGUGGGACUCUGAGGUACCCCACGUGAAGAUCAAGAUAGAGUCAGAGCCUAAUAAAGAGAAGGCGAAAGCAGUCCCUGCUUCUAGUGGAGUCCUUCCAGGAGACAUCACUGAGGAAAGUACGCAGGCGUCACAGCCUGUCCAGGCAACUAACCUCUGCGAGCUGACGGACAACUUGUCUGGCGCAGUCAUCUACGAGCAGUACUACCACCAGGCUGUGUCAAAGAUACUGCAGCCACUCUUCUUCGCAUCAAUUGGCUUUUCUAUCCCAAUCUCACGCAUGUUCCGCGGAGCAAUCGUCUGGCGAGGCAUCGUCUACACUGUCCUCAUGGCAUUCGCAAAGGUAGUCUGCGGACUGUGGCUCGUCAGGCUAUCGAUCACUCCACUCAAGAGCACUGCCAGCCGUUUGAUCAAGGAAAUUAAGCUACCUCCAGCCCCCCACUUAUGGGGCAAAAGUCAACCGGAACUUACACCAGAUGAAGUAACUGCUGCUGCUGCUAGCAAUGCUGAGACAAGCACAACUCGAACUUCCGCUACCACCGAUACUCCCUCCGUACCAGCUUCUCAUCAGGGACCAAGAAGCUCGCCGAACCCGCCAAAACCGCUUUCUAUUCACCCACCACUAAUUCUCGCACUGGCGAUGUGUGCCCGUGGCGAGAUUGGCUUCUUGAUAUCUGGCGUAGCUGAGUCUAACGGUAUCUUCUCGCCACCUGGCGUCGCUUCAGACGAGCCAUCUGACAUGUUCCUCGUUGUCACAUGGGCCAUUGUGCUUUGCACUAUCAUAGGCCCUCUCGGUGUAGGGCUGUUAGUACGGAGAGUGAAGAAGCUGCAGGGACGGAAGAACAAGCGGGAAGAAGGAGCUGGAAGGGACGUGCUCGGUGUCUGGGGCGUGGAAUGA